UCUCGUGUUUUAUAGUCCCUGGCACAGAUUGUUUAUGUGUAACUUUACAAAUUAAUAAAAUUUAAAACUUGUUCAAAUCCUUGAUACGAUAUAUGUAAUUAUUUUACAUUUUCUUACACAAAUAAGUAGCUUACAAUAUUAUGUUUGUGAUAAUUUAUGUUAAAAAAGUUCACAACUUGAAAUCGUAAAAUAUGAAAUUCAGAAUUAGUAAAGUUUUUUCAAGAAUUGGAAACCAAUUCAAUGUUAAUAUUGUUCAGUCUUUGUUAAACAAAGCGUAUUCUAUUCGAUCACUGUGUAAUGUUACAAAUAUUACUAAACCAGAGGUUAAACCUAACCUUCUUUUAAGAGAUAAAAUCAAUGCUUAUAAUUCAAGAAAAAAUAGCGAUCCUUACACAUAUUUCUUACUGAGUAUACCAAUUGGCACAUUUAUGCUUGGUACAUGGCAAAUUCAAAGACGCAAAUGGAAAUUAGAUUUAAUAGAAAAGUUGAGUAGUCGUAUUAAUCAUCAGCCGAUCGAACUACCAGAAAACUUACAGGAAUUGCAGUCAAUGGAAUAUUAUCCUGUUAAAGUAAAAGGAACAUUUUUGUAUGAAAAGGAAUUUUUUGUGGGUUAUAGAAGUUUAUUAGUAGAUGGAAAAUCUGCAGACUAUAAUACAUUUUUUAAUAGACAAACCCCCCAAAUAGGAUACCAUGUUAUUACACCCUUUAAAUUGGCUGAUAGAGAUUUGACAAUUUUGGUAAAUCGUGGCUGGAUUCCAUCAUUGUAUAAUAAUGCAGUAAGAAAUCAUGAAAAUCAAACAGACAAUGAAGUAGAAAUUGUAGGAAUUGUAAGAGUAAAUGAAAAAAGACCACCAUUUAUUCCAGACAAUGCUCCAGAAAAAAGUGUGUGGUAUUAUAGAGAUUUGAAUCAAAUGGCUAAAAAGGCAAAUGCAAGUCCUGUAUAUAUUGAAAUGAUAAACAAUAAGAAUUCAUCAGAGUUUCCGAUAGGGAGUCAAACAAAAGUUGAAUUAAGAAAUGAACAUUUGAGUUAUAUCAUUACAUGGUAUUCCCUUUCUUUAUUCACUGGAUAUAUGUGGUAUAAACAAUUUAUGAAAAGGCCAAUUGCAUUUAAAGGCAAACGUUUUUUAUCAUACCGUUGAAUAUCCGAAAGUAUAGAAAAAUCAAGUGGUAUGCACAAGUAGGAUAUGAAGUUCAGUUGUAUUAACCGUAAUCGUUGAUACGAUUUGUAUAUUAUACGUAUAUAUAUGAAAUAUAAAUUAUGCGACAUACCUUUUAC